UCAUGGUCAUUGAUGACAGGACUUGUCAAAAUGCGCUGCACAACAUAAGACCAAAGACGUGCGGGAGUAAAAAAAUGGUUUGACGUAGACGUUGAAAAAGUAAUAAAGUAAAUUUAAAAACUACUUUUGAAGGAACGGAAAUUUACUAUUAAUCAUGUUUUGCAAGAAACAAUUGUUUUUGGCUGGGCUUUUGAUCCUGUAUUCUGUAUGUUUAACACAUCAGUUUUAUGUUCCUGGCAUGGCCCCAGUGGAGUUCAAACAGGGCCAGCCAAUUGAUGUCAAAGCUGUGAAAAUGACCAGCAUCCACACUCAGUUACCUUAUGAAUAUUAUUCAUUACCAUUCUGUGUCCCCAAGAAUGGAACAUCCUCCAUUCAUUAUAAAUCUGAGAAUUUAGGAGAGGUCUUGAGGGGUGAUCGUAUUGUGAACACACCAUAUGAAGUGCAUAUGGCUGAGAACACUCCAUGCAAAUUACUAUGUCAUGAACCAAAUAAGCCGAUACAUUGGGACACUGCACAAUCUAAACAAGUUAUUGAUAGAAUCCAACAUGAAUAUUUUGUUCAUCUGUUGGUUGAUAAUUUGCCAGCUGCUGCAAAGGUAUUGAAUCCAGAAACAAAUGAGGUGCAGCAAUAUGAACAUGGAUAUAGAUUGGGUAAUGUGAUGGGUGAUAGAAGUUACAUCUACAAUCACUUGAAAUUAAUUUUGGCUUACCAUAAUCCUUCACCGUCUGUGUACAGGGUGGUUGGAUUCCAUGUUGAAGCAAAGUCAGUACACAUUGAUGAUAUUAAAUUCAACAACAAAGUUUGCUCAUUCCCAAAUAAACCUAGACCUCAAUUAGUAGAUGGUAAAAGAGGAACAAGGCUUUACUUCACAUACGAAAUUGAAUGGGAACCUUCUCAAGUCAGUUGGGCUUCUAGAUGGGAUACUUAUUUAGCCAUGAGCGAUGUGAAAAUUCAUUGGUUUUCCAUUAUAAACUCGUUGGUCGUCAUUUUCUUCUUAUCAGGUAUAUUAACUAUGAUUAUGGUAAGAACGUUGAGAAAGGAUAUUGCAAGAUAUAAUGCUGAUGAAGGAAUCGACGAUGCCAUUGAAGAAACUGGCUGGAAAUUAGUACAUGGAGACGUAUUCAGGCCUCCAAGAAACUCGCGACUAUUUGCUGCUGUCAUUGGCUCUGGAAUACAGAUAUUUUUUAUGGCCUUAAUAACCAUAUUUUUCGCUAUGUUGGGAAUGUUAUCGCCGGCAUCCAGGGGAGCUUUGAUGACCGUAGCCAUAUUCUUAUACGUAUUCAUGGGUUUGAUCGCUGGGUAUUUCUCAGCCAGAUUAUACAAAACUAUGAAAGGUCGCGAGUGGAAGCGAGCUGCCUUUUUGACUGCUACCUUAUAUCCAGCUAUAAUUUCAAUUACUUGUUUCUUCUUGAAUUUCUUCAUUUGGGGAAAAGCAAGCAGCGGUGCUGUUCCUUUCUCGACAAUGUUGUAUUUGUUAACAAUGUGGUUCUGCAUUUCGCUUCCUUUGGUAUACUUGGGAUACUAUUUUGGUUAUAGGAAACAACCAUAUCAACAUCCAGUAAGAACGAAUCAGAUUCCAAGACAGGUACCUGAGCAACAUUGGUAUAUGAACCCGUUAUUAUGCACACUCAUGGCCGGCAUUUUACCAUUCGGAGCAGUUUUUAUUGAAUUAUUUUUCAUAUUCACUGCAAUAUGGGAAAAUCAAUUCUAUUAUCUGUUUGGCUUCUUGUUCUUGGUAUUCAUCAUUUUAGUAAUUUCCUGCUCUCAAAUAUCGAUUGUAAUGGUAUAUUUCCAACUAUGCGGUGAAGAUUACCAUUGGUGGUGGAGAAGUUUCGUUGUUUCCGGUGGAUCGUCGAUAUACAUUUUGACCUAUUCAUUGUUCUAUUUUGUUGCCAAACUAGAAAUUACUGAAUUCAUACCAACCCUCCUGUACAUUGGAUACACAGGUCUAAUGGUCUUAACGUUCUGGCUAUUGACCGGAACUAUUGGAUUCUUUGCCGCUUACGCAUUUAUAAAGAAGAUUUAUGGAGCCGUUAAAAUUGACUAAAUUAAAUCCAGCUCACCCAAACUAUUCGAUUUCCUUAGUUCUAGCAGUAACAAACUGCAAAUUUACGAAUGUCUGUGUUCUUUUUACAUAUUUUAUUUUAUUUUUAGUUAUUGUUUUAUUUGAAUACUUCUUUCUAAGAACUAAGCCAAAAUAUAUAUGUGUAUAUAAAUGUUUUGUCAAAAAAAAAGUGGAAUUAUGUGAAUGUUGUAACAUUUCGGUAAGUCAGGGAUUACCUAAUCACUUCUAUAUAUGUAUAAAUUUCCAAGAUCUAAUUGUAAUCUUAUGUAGACAUUUCAGUUUAUCGUAUGAACGAAACGGAAGAUUUUGAAAUUGAUUCUUCGAGGUUGGAUAUAUUUUUUUAUGUGGAAACUAAAUGAUACAAAU